AGCCGAUAUCCUUAUAAGUUUUUCACCCUUAAAACCAUGACUUUUGUGUACAUUUUUGUUCUUCAAUGCAUACAUGCACUUCAACUUGCUUCCGCCGUGGGGCAUAACUUAGGAAGAGUACUUAGCAUUGUAGGAAACUAGUGGGUAGGCAAUAAAUCUAUUAAUAUAUAUUUAAUUUUAUUUGACAAUAUAGAUAUACAUGUAAAUAUCAAAUAAAUUAUUUAAACAAGUUAUAUAAGAGGAAGUUCACAAAGACAUUUAAUUGGCAGCAAGAGGCAAGAGUUAACAAAACCUCUAAAGUCAAAAUCCUUUAACCAAGAGUUCGUCCCAUACACAGACAUGGAAUGGUCAACCUCUUCCGCUGGAACCCCUCAGGAAAAGCACGACGUGUUCCUCAGCUUCAGAGGCGAGGACACACGCUACACUUUCACCGGCCACCUCCAUGCCACCUUGACCAGACUCCAAGUCAACACAUACAUUGACUACAAUCUUCAGAGAGGCGAAGAGAUAUCAUCCUCACUUCUCAAGGCCAUUGAGGAUGCAAAACUCUCCGUCGUUGUUUUCUCCAAAAACUACGGCAACUCCAAGUGGUGUUUGGACGAGCUCGUCAAAAUACUUGAGUGCAGGAAGAUGAGGGGCCAAAUUGUGUUGCCCGUUUUCUACGACGUAGAUCCCUCCCACGUGCGCAACCAGACGGGGACAUACGCAGAGGCUUUUGCUAAACAUGAGGAACUCUUGCAGGGUCAAAUGGAGAAGCUGCAAAAGUGGAGGGAGGCUCUCAGAGAAGCUGCUAAUUACUCUGGUUGGGAUUGUUCUGUUAAUAGGAUGGAAUCUGAACUGAUUGAAAAAAUUGCGAAUGAUGUGUUGGAAAAGCUGAACCGAGUGUAUGUUGGCGACCUAGAUCAGCAGAUUGCAAAGCUAGAGCAACUUGCGAAGCUUCAACAUCAGUUUUAUAAAAAGAUAUGUUCCGUUGAAAAUCUGAAAAAACAUCGUGCAACUGUUGAGCGUCUCACAGAGCUUAAGAUGGAGAGAAGUGUUCGCAUGCUUCGCUUGUCGCCUGACAUGCUUUCGCAUUUGGAGAAUUCAAAAGACACUGAUAAUUAUCUUGAUUUAUAAUGUUCAAGUUUCAUCAGAUACUAUAUGAAGUUCCAAUGGAAUAAGAUUUCUUAUUGUUAAUUUUGUUUCCAUAACUUUUGUGUAAUUUUGGUUUGUGAUGGCUUAAAUAACAAUGAAGAAUAUGAUUUCA